AUGUUCGCAGUGUUCGCAACACUAAUUUUGUUCAGUCUUUUGCAAGAAGUUCAGUCAGGAGUAGGUGUUGCUCUAACUCAAUGUAUACCUAACGCACCUCCUGCUCGUCCUGUACCACCUCCAUCUGCUUGCAGAGACAAGGAUCCAACCGUGUGCACUGCUGUUUUUGCCCCAAAUGGUGCAGAUGCCGCAGAUAAUGCAGAUCCAACUAAAGAUUUCUUGGUUAAUGCGUAUUGUCUAAACGCAACUCUUAAAGCCAAUGCUGAAGAAAUUUGCCCGUCGUCCUGCGCAGUAUGCUGUUUGGCACCCGAAUUUAAGUGCGGCAAUGCACCUGGCGCUGUCUGUACACCUUUUACUACCUUUCCUGAUUUGUGCACAAACGCGCAAACGGCACCAACAGCAUUGGAAAAGUGCCCUGGUACGUGCGGGUUAUGCAACAGACCUGGAGCACUUGGUGGUUGUCCAGAUAUGGUCACGAACUGUGUCCAGUUAUUGCCUCUUUUGACAUGCACAAAUGCAUACAUGCAAGUGAAUUGCAUGCGAACAUGCAAUAUUACGACUUGCAUAUCAACAACGGGAGCAGCGGGAUCGUCGUCGUGCACGGACAUUCGAGCUAACUGCGCGCAAAUGUCAUCUUAUUGUAAUGUGCCGCCAUAUUCGACCGUUAUGAGCCAACAAUGCAGAAGAACUUGCCGCUUAUGCACGUAA